AUGGCAAAGACACGUGGCGGAGAUGCCUUCGUGCCCGCCUGUUUGCUCGCCCUGGUCCUCCUGCGCCUGCUGCCCGCCGGCUUCUGCAAAGUCGGGAACGCCGAUUUCGAGGUCCUGGGGCCAGACGGCCCCGUCCAGGCCACAGUGGGAGGCGUCGCCGAGCUGCCCUGCCACCUGUCCCCCCCCAUCAGCGCCCAGGACAUGGAGCUGAGGUGGUACCGGGACCGGCCCUCCCCGGCCGUGCACCUGCGCGCGCAGGGCAAGGACGACCCCCGCGACCAGCUGGCCAGCUACUCGGGCAGGACGGCCUUCGUGAGCGACCGCGUGGCCGAGGGCAAGGCCGCCGUGCGGAUCCGCAACGUCACCGCGUUUGAUGACGGCACCUACCGCUGCCGCUUCAGGGACGGCGCGGUUCACAGCGAGGCCGCCCUGCAGCUGCGCGUGGCAGGGCUGGGCUCGGAGCCCAGGGUGCAGGUGACAGAGGAGCAGGACAGAGGCGUCAGGGUGGCCUGUGCCUCCGAGGGCUGGUACCCGCAGCCCCGGGUGGAGUGGACAGGCUCCAGGGGGCAGGCCGUGCCUUCUGUGACCAAUCUCUCGGCCUCGGCCACCACCGGCCUCUGGGCUGUGGCGUCCAGCGUGACCAUCGAGGACCGGACCUUGGAGAGUAUCUCCUGCUCCAUCUCCAUCCCCCUCCACCCGGAGAGGAAGGUGGCCAAGAGCCACCUGCCCGGUGAGUGCUUUGUUCAGUUCUGUCUGCAGUCACUGGGCACCCGACUUCAGGACAGCAGCUGCGGGGCUCAUAGCGAGAGGGGAGGGCGGCAGGUCCCUGUCCUUAGCCUGGCUGGGGCAUCCCGGGAGGUGCAUUUGUGUGCUGGUUCCCGGGGCGGAGCAGAGACGGGGUCUGGGUUCAUGGAGUGGAAAGUAUACGUGCCUCUGAUCGUCGCUGCAGUGGGACUCGUGACAUCUGUAGUCAUCUGCCUCUGGGGGAGACGGGAAAAGAACAGGAAACAGCUGGAAGAAGAGAGAGAGCCAAGAGAAGAGGAGCAGAGACGGCAGGCCAGCGGGGACGGGCUCCAGCCAUUGCCGGGUCGCAGGGAGAGUGGCUUCCUACACGUGAGCCCGUCCCUGGACCCGGACACCGCGAGUGCCAAGCUCAGCCUGUCCGAGGAUCGGAAGAGCGUCACGCGGCUGUUCUUUGCCCAGGACCUGCCCCCCAGCCCAGGGAGGUUCGACCCAGACCCCUGUGUCCUGGCCCAGGAGCGGUUCGUCAGCGGGAGGUAUUACUGGGAGGUGGAGGUUGGGGACAGGAGCGCCUGGACCCUGGGCGUGUGCCUGGAGGACAUCGGUCGGAAGGGAAGGGUCCCCAAGUCCCCGCAGCAGGGGCUCUGGGCGCUGGAGCUUCACAAGAAGAGAUUCCGGGCUCUGUCCUAUCCGAGGACCCGCCUGCGUCCCUCCAAGCCCCUGCGUCGGGUGGGCAUUUUCCUAGACUGUGACGCCAGAGAGAUUUCCUUCUACAGUGUGACAGACGGGUCCCAGGUCUACAGGUUCUCUGGGCUGCCUUUCCUUGCGCCCCUAAAGCCGUUCCUCUGCCUGUGGACACACGAUCCCCACCCUGUGACCUUCUGCCCAGUGGUCCAAGAGACGCAGGAAGAGACUGGCCCUCCUGGAGGCCCGAAGUCGCACCCUUAG